UCCUCCAAAUCAUUCUCGUCUCUUUCCCCGUAUCCAGCAUACAUGGCGUUCAGGAGGGCCUUUGCUCUACGCCUUCUCGAUGUUACUAAAAUUUCCUCCCAAUCACUCACCAAUUGUCGCAUAUCCUCUUCCUCUGCCCUGGCUCCCCUGCCUCCCAUCGCAGCCACUCCUAUUGCUCCGGAUCCCGGAGACAAUGCCGUCUUCCGCCGAUUCCUACACAACCGGUCGAACCGACCUUCUCCCCCGUCAUCGGCCAAUCACCUUCACAAGCUCAAGGACUUAGACAUUGCCAGAACUCGAAUUCGAUUAGAUGGAUUGGAUUCCACGCAACCCGUGACAGCGGAGAAUGCGAGAAAAUUGAUCAAGGUGGCGCAGCUGGAAUUGGUCAGGUUGAGGCUGAGGAGCGUCCAAAAUAGCUGCAUUCACUAUCCAGAGUUUCUUCGGAUAUGCGAAGAAUGCUAUUCCGACCGGGAUCAAGCGACGCGGGUUGCCAAGAUGCUUGAUGAUUCUGCUUCUGUGGUUAUAUUGGGAGAUUUUGUUUUUCUCAGGCCUGAACAGGUAGCAAAAGUAGUUCUAAGUCUGUUUCCCGUUCCUGGAGCCAAUGAGGCACAGGAGCCAGCAAUGAAAGAACUUGAAGAAAUGGAGAAAGAGAAGGCGGUGAUCGACGAAAAGGCAGACAGGUUGGCUCGGCUGGAGCUAUGGGGCGGGCUGAUCUUCCUGGUGCUGCAAACAGCGGCAUUCAUGAGGCUCACAUUUUGGGAGCUUUCUUGGGAUGUGAUGGAACCAAUCUGCUUUUUUGUGACCUCCAUCUACUUCAUGGGUGGCUACGCCUUCUUCCUCCGUACCUCCAAAGAGCCUUCUUUUGAAGGUUACUACAAAAGCCGAUUCAUCGCCAGGCAGAAGCGCCUCAUGAAGCUUCGCAAUUUUGACAUGGCAAGGUAUCAUGACCUCACGGCUGCUUGCUCUCCUCACUCAUUAUCUCACCCUUCUCUCUUCUCCAACAAGUCUUGUCCUCAUUGAUCUGGACUGGAUAUUCCUCAGCACUUUGAUUUUACUGACUCUAAAACUAUAACAAAAGGCACCCCGUCCUCCAAAAUAAAUAAAUAAAUAUGUAUUUUUGCUUUUAAAAUAUUUUUUGAAAAACAUCUAGCAUUUUAAUAUUUUUAUUGAAAUAAUUUUACCUUUUCUGUUAAAUUUUUAUAUCGACCUCAAAUGUUAACUGAUAAAAAAUUGAGAUAAUAAUAAAAAAAUUUUAAAAUAAUCAAUUAAUUUAAAUUAAAUUUUAAAUGUUAAAUUUUAAAAAUUCGCAAUUCAACAUCUUAAUUUUAUAACUGUAUUAUGAUGAAUUUAUAAUUUAUUUUUUAAAUUUUAACAUGAUUGAAGAAUAAAAAAAUUAUUUUUUCUAUUAAAAUUUGCAAAUUUAUCAUAAUAAAAUUGAAAAAUUGAAAAAUUGAGUUGUAAAUUCUUAAAAUUUGAUACUUGUAACCUAAUUUAAAUUAAUUUAUCCUCUUAAACUUCUCUAUCAUUCUUCAUAAAAAAUUUAACAGGAAGAACAAAAAUAUUAUGUUUAAAUAAUUUUAAAAAUAAAAUUAUUUUAAUAAAAAUAUUAGAGUGUUACGUGUUCUUCAAAAAAUACCUUCAUUUCUAAAAGGGGGGGGUGUCAGUCUGUAUACAGAAAGCAUCCAUUUCUCGAUAUCUCACCAAUGAAGUUAUGCUUGAAUUGAUUUAGAAUUAGGUGCGGCUUUUUGUACAACAGAUGCAGAGUUUCCCGUUUUUAAGAACAGUGUUAUAUGAUGCGAAUUAUAAUUUAUGCCCUAUAUAUGAUUAAAAGAACUGCUAAACUAUUGGUAAACAGUGCUUAUGUUUUUGAUUUCUUACCCUAUAUUAAAUUUGAGAAAGGAUGAGAGUUAGGUUCUGAAUUAAUUAUAAUUAAGUUUCUAACAAUCAUUUUUUGAAAAAUUAGUUGACAAUAUUUAUCCAAAAAAAUAUAAAUCUAGAAGUUUUAUCCUGUUUGGAUAAGAAGAAAAGUUGAGUAAAAAGAAAAUGAGAGGAGAAAAAAAUUAAAAAGAUUUAUGUUUGGAUGAAUUGAAAAAAAUGAGGAGGAAUGAAAAUGAGCAAAUAUCACAGGGAUUAUAAUACCCUUGUGUGUUUUUAAUGUAAUCAUCUUUAUAAAAAUAUAUUGAAAGUAAAAAUUAUAUAAAAAUUAACAUCAUCAAAAUAGUUUGACUUGGAAGCCAGCAUGUUGGACCAGCACAUAAAAAUAAAUUAUAUAUACAAAAUAUCAUAAAAAGUAUGAAAGGCACAUAUUUACAAAAAUAUGUGUAGUUUGCAGAGAAGAUGGAGACAAGUAAAGCACUAUGAAAGAGCAAUGUGAGGUUGCUAAUUUUUAAGGCAAAGACUCCUGAGUUAGAGCACUGAGAGAUUGAGGUGAAUAAUGAACAAUAGAAGAUGAUGAAGCUAAGGCUUCUGUGUCAAAUAAUAUGCAAGGAGGGUAAACACAAAAUAAACAUUUUUCUCCUAAAAUCUCUUCAUUUAUGGAAAAAAAAUUGGAAAGAAAAUAUAUUGGAUUUCACACCUCGUUUUCUCUCUCGCUUUUCCUUC